UUGCUCGUCACAUGUUCGACACUCAAGUAGAGAGAAGACACCUCAAGAAAAUUCAAAUUUCAAAUUCUUGCAGAAAAUUGAACAAACGAUCUUUUCUGUGACCAUCUACCAUCCACCACCCACCAUUAUCAUUAAACUAAUAACUACAACAACAGCACUGCGAAUUCCAAUAAGAAAACGACAUAUCUGAAACGCUGUUAAAACCGUUGGAAGUGGAAGUGCGAAGUAUUGACGAGUUUUGAACGUUUUUUAAGGCAAUUUAAUUAGUUGCCAACGCGCGCGCGUUCCGUUUGUCGUCGCCCCCACAACAUUCUCGAAACUUUUGUCAGCGGAUAUUGAGCAACGUGCUUUUUGUCCACGCGUGUGUGUGUGCGUCUGCGUAUGCGUGUGUUGAAAAGGAAAGCAAAAUCAAAUCAAAUAAUUAAUAAACACCCAGCCAUUAGGGUUUUAUAUGUCACGUCAAUAGUGUAAAAGAAAACAAAAAAUAAAAAUAAUUAAAAAAAAAAUACAAAAAUUAAAAAGCCUGCUGUGCGUUCGGUCAUUCACGUAAUAUAAUUGUAGCGAAACAAAUUAAGCAUUUACCAUCUUGCGCUUUGUGGCGGUUUGACGAUCAACAUAAAUAUCGAUACAUUUCAAGUCCUAGAGCCUACAAUUGAGCACACUGCACCUGAAACGGUUUCCAUUAAUGCUUGGACUGUUUCCGCGCUCUCUUUUCACUCGCUAUCAAUUUGCCGAUUCUUCUUGCUGAUUUAUUUUAAUACAAACAUAUUGAUCGUGUCUGUGUGUUUGUGCACUCAAUAAAUAUAUACAUAACUUACACAUUGUCGGCUUGUCAAAACUUUGUAAUCGUGUAAGCGUAACCAAUAACGUCAGAGAAACAAAUAACGUGUAACGCGUCGCGUCGCACUGGUUUACCGCGUCUCUCACCUCUCACCUAUUUCCACCUAUCAGCACCUCUUUGAGUGACAGUGCAUCUUAUUCGCACGCACUUACACAAACGGUUUAACGGACAGUUUUUGUUACGUGCUUUCGCUGUCGCCAUCUUACUUGCUGACUUCCCUUUCGGACCUAUCGUCGCUUCUGACAUUUUGGCGUCGUCGUUGUUGUCCUCGCCGUGGCCGUGGUACAAGCAAAUAGCAAAUACUCUCCCCCAUCUUUCGCUCUCGUCGCCACUCUCUUUUCGUCGUGCAUCACAGUCUGUACGUGUGGUAAAGAAAGCAAAACGUUGAAUCUCGCUAGCAUUGCGAGCUCUUGUAAACUGUGACUUUGGAUUAUGGCCGUUUAAGCACGAGUUAUCGCUCAAUUGUUUCAGGGCAAACUUUCAGAAGAGAAGACAAGCGAAAGAGCAUUUGCACAAAAUAAAACGACAGUGAGCCAACGGAAAACAGGCAACAAACCGCAAAAACAAAAAAAAAAUUAAAAAAUAAAAACAACGAAAACGAAAACAACAUAAAGAAAUGAAUUUGUGAUUAUAAAUAUUUCAAAGGUAGUACAACAAAAGCUCAUUUAAUAAAACAAACCAAAAAAUAAAAAAAAAUCAACGGCAAAACCCCAAAACAAAAAGAAAUAUAACAAAAUAACGCACAACAACAAACGUGGCAAUAACUAAACAGAAAGCUUUGGCAACAACUACAAGUGCAGCAACAACAACAAAACGCGAGCAAGAAACGUAACGAAAAAUAUUAAAGCGCCAGGCAAAGUUGCGCUCUCACUCGCUCACACCUCUCUCCAAUCUAUUGUGCCGUGUGUAUCGUUGAGUGCUCGAACGAGAGAGUUUCGUGUGUUCGUUUCGUGUGCGUAUAUGUGUGUGUGUGUGCACGCCGAUAGGCAGCAGCAAAAUAAGCAGCGUAGUUAAGCGAAGCAGAGGCCACAAAGCCAAUUGCGCAUAGAACAAGCACAGAAGCACUUUUUUCAAGCGCAGAGAAGUUCGAAAUAAAGAGCAUAAAAAGACUCUAAACUUAAAUUACUAAAUAAACAAGACAAAACAAAAAAAAAAACAAAAUACAAAAACGGUUUAAAACAAAUUAACAAAAACAUAAUCGGGCCAAUCGAAAGAACGCAGUAAGUGAAUUAACAGCAACGAAGACAACGACGACGUUACCGUUGUGAAAAUGGUAAACAAAUCCAAUGGCAAGCAAGCGAAGGCGGACAAGGACAAACCGGCGACGCAGACACAGCAACAACAACAACAACAACCACAACAACAACCACAGCAGCAGCAACAGGUGCUGCAAACUAACAAGAGCAACAACAAUCAAAUGAAAACUACAGAAAAGACCAAAAAUGCAGGCAACAAAAAUAAUAAUAACGCAGCGCGUCCAAAGAAUAAAUCACAGCAACAGCAAACACAGCAGCAGCAACAACAACAACAGCAACAUCAACGUGCCAGCAAAAAGGCCCGACCCCAAAGACAGCAGCUCUUCAUACAGCCAUUAACACGCAGUAAUAGCAACAACAACAACAACAACAACAGCAAUCAACAUUCGCUGCAACGUCAAACAUCCACACAAGAUGCUGGCAACAAAAGCUCCAACAGCAAAAGCUCCAAUAAAACGGCAGCAACAGUAAUAGCAACAACAACAACAGCAACCUCAACUACAAACACAAACACAAACAAUACUGAGAAUGCCGUUACUAAAGUAAAUCCCGCCGAUUUGUUGACCGCCGCUUUAGCUGUGCCCUGCGCCAAGUGCUCGAAGCCAGCCAUGUUGUCGUCUCUGUUGCCCUCAUCGGCCCUGCCGAGCAGCGCCAGUUCGGAUAUGAGCAGCAGCAGCUAUAGCAGCAUUGGCAGCGAUCAAUUGCAGCUGGAUACGUCCGUUGUGUACACGGGCAAACAAUACCGCAAAUCCAAAUCCUACAUGGGUGCUUCACAGUAUGCAAACAAAUCGACAGCUGGCAACAGCAACAACAGCAACAACAACAGCAACAACAGUGGCAACGGCAGCAAUCAUGUGCCUUAUAGACGUUCGCAGAGCGAUCGUCGCAAUUCGUUCGAUCGCACAUUUGCUGAACGUAAUCGUGAUUUUGUGCCCAUCGUACAGCCGCUGAAACCCGUGCUCUCCUCAUCGAACAUUGCGGGUGUUAUCGCCAGUGCCAGCAAGCUGACCAUUAUAGAACGUUUCGGCAAAGGACGUGUCGCCUAUCCCAUAAUGCAGUGCGGGACACUAGACGGAGCCGCCGAACCGUUAUUUCAUCAGCAACGCAACAACAGAAUGGACGUCUACCAGAUCGACGAUGGUUUCCACUCGGAUGGCGGCACCGAAACCCCUCCGCCAUCGCCUAGCUCGGGCUCCUCGAUUGCCUCGACCUCGGACCAUGGAUCGUUGGAGAGCGUUGACACUGGAGGCACACAACGCUUGGCUGUGCUGUCAUUCGAACAGGUGCGCAAGCUGCACAAUGUGAUGGACGAGAAGGUGGCCAUCCAUGGACGUGGGAAUUUCCCAACGCUGGAGGUGACGCUGAAGGAUCUGGUGAAUCUGGUGCGUCGCAAGCUGGAGGCGGAUGUGAACAGUGGCGGUGCCGGGGUGCUCGUCAAGGAUAUACGCUUGAAUGGCGGCGCCGCUAGUCAUGUGCUGGCCAACGAGGAUCAGCCGUACAAUGAUCUGGAUCUGAUAUUUGCCAUUGAGCUGAGCUCGCCGCGUGUCUUUGAUCGCGUCAAGACCGCCGUGCUGAACACACUGCUCGACCUGAUGCCCGAGGGCGUCUGUAAGCGUCGCAUCUACACGUGCUCCCUCAAGGAGGCCUACGUCGGCAAGAUGGUGAAGGUGAACAACAACAACGACGGCGAUCGCUGGUCCCUCAUCUCGCUGGGCAAUUCACCGGGUCACAAGAAUGUCGAACUCAAAUUCGUGGACACAAUGCGACGACAAUUCGAGUUCUCGGUGGACUCAUUCCAAAUCGUUUUGGACUCGUUGCUGUUGUUCUACGAUUGUGCCGCACUUCCCAUAUCGGAGAAUUUCUACCCGACGGUGGUGGGUGAAUCGGUGUACGGCGACUUUCAGGAGGCACUGUAUCAUUUGCAAAAGAAAUUGAUCUCAACACGACAGCCGGAGGAGAUACGCGGCGGCGGUUUGCUCAAAUACUGCAAUCUGCUGGUGCGCAAUUACACCGCUGUCGAUUCGCAGCUGAUCAAGACACUGGAGCGUUACAUGUGCUCGCGGUUCUUUAUCGAUUUUCCGGACAUCAAUACGCAGACGACAAAGCUCGAGGCCUAUUUGCGUAAUCAUUUCUGGGGCGUCGAGGAGGAGCCGCUGCAAUACGAGUACCUGAUGCAUUUAUACAAUGUCGUCGAGAUGUCCACCGUCUGUCUGAUGGGCCACGAACGUCGCCAGACCCUGUUGCUCAUCCAUUCGCUGGCCAACCAGGUGAAGCAGGCCCAGGAGCAUCAGUAUCAGCAACAACAGCAGCAGCAACAUCAACAGCAGCAGCAUCAUCAACAGCAUCAUCAGCAUCACCAUCAGCAACAACAGCAUCAGCAGCAUCAACAGCAUCAACAGCAACAUCAUCAUCAACAGCAGCAGCAGCAACAACACCAGCAACAGCAAUACCUUCAACAGCAGCAGCAGCAACAACAGCAGCAGCAGCAACUGGAGGCGGGGCAGACGCCGGUGCUCGCAUUGGUCGCAUCGUCGCCAACACAAACGCCGCAAACGCAAACGAUCUAUGUGCAACAGACGGCGCCAGCCAGUGCAACCAUCUGUUGCAGCACAGCGCCACCAACAGCAGCAGCAACCGCAGCGGCAGCAACAGUGGCAGGCACAACAACAGCAACAGUAGCAGCAGUAGCAGCCGCUGCUGAGACGUCGCAAACACAGACCAUACAGAUACAGGCGGGGCCGCCGGGUCUCAUCUAUGCCAAUGGCGUCUACUAUGCACCUGUGAUUCCCAGCACCAUUUGCACGUGCAACUCCACCUGGUUGAGCACGUGAUUGGAGCAGCAACAACAACAACAGCCAGAGCCAGAGCAACAGCAACAGCAACAAGAGACCACCAACAACCAUAGCAACAACAGCAACAGCAACAGUAAGAGCAACAGCAAUAGCAACAUUAAUAACAGCAGCAACAGCAAUAGAGAAGCACUCGAUGUGGCAGCCACAGGCAGCUUGGUGUUGACACAGCAGCAGAUUAGCAAUUUGCCCGUUUACAGUCUGAAACAACAGCAACAGCAACAACUACAGCAGCAGCAACAUCACAAUCACAGCAAGCUAGAACAACAACAGCAACAACAACAACAACAGGAGCUGCUGGGCACGUACAGUGGACAGUUUGCAUAUUUUUAUCCUCACGAUGGCUCGUCGCCCAGUUUGUUGCUGCUUGGCAAGGACUCGUAUUUGCAUGUCACGAAUCUUUAAAACUUUACACAGCUUCACACUCAACUCUGUUGUUCCUUCUGAUGAUGAUGAUGAUGUUGUUCAACUUUGAUGAUAAACUGACCGCUGUUAGAAGAAGAAGAAGAAGAGCAACAAAGACGAGGCAACAACAACAUCGAUGGGCGAAGAGAGUGAAGACGGAAAGCAAAGCCCAGCAGCCACAACAACAGCAGCAACCAUAACAGGAAGCACUUGCAGCCAUCUCAACAAGAUUUCUACAACAAUUUAUAACAACAACAAAAGCCAUUCACAAUUAAUUUUCCAAUAUUUUUCCAAUUUUUGCGCCGCUCAAAAAAAUUUCCUUGUAUUGAAAAAAAAGAAACACUCGAAAUUUGUAUACUACUGAAAAACCUUAUUACGAUUAUCAUUGAAUUUCUUCAUUUCUAAUUCUACACCUCCUUCAUUCCCCCCCUCUUCUCUCUUCCCCGUACACAUUCUCUCAACUAUUCAUUUUGUAAUAAAAAAAAAGAAAAAAACGUAAAAAAUUGCGGCGCAAAAAAGCACACACGAAAAAAAAACAAAUCUUGCAUUAUUCUCAUUUGUUGUUGCUCGAAUUUCAGCUCAUCCAACACACACACACACCUCCUAGCAUCCCUCCAAAAAAAGAAAAAAAGAAAAGAAAACACAAAAAAACAUAUAUUUAAUUAUAGAAUUUCUCUCUGAAUUUGUUCGUAUUGCUUUAAGCGCGUGAAGCGGCCUCUGAACCGUCGCCUAGAAAUUCCAAUCAAACUAUCUACGUACAUAUAUAACAAACAAAAAAAUACCAAUAUACUAAAAAGCAAAAAAAAAUACAUAUAUUUAACGAAGAAAAAACGUAAAAAAUACUUCUACAAAAAAAGAAAAGCAUGAUCAUGAUGAUGAUACGGAUGAUGAUGAUGAUGAUGAUAGAAGUGCAGAAAUUAUGACAUAUGCGUAAUGUAAAUAAAUAAAUCAAUAAUAUCAUUAGUCAAAUUUUAGCUGUCGAAAUUGACAAAAGUAAAAGUAAAAGAGAGAGAGAGAGUUGAAACCACAACAAUGAAGAUGAAAAAAACUGUAUUUAUAUAUAUUGUAUAUGAUUUAAGAACUCUUAAGGACUCUAUAGAACUAACUGUACAAUCAUUAGAUUCGGCAAUUCACAGUGCAGUUUUUUGUUUUUUUCUUUUCUCUAAACACAAAAUGUAUCUCAGCGUAAGACGUUUUGCUCAAUGGAAAAUUCGGGAAAACGAGAUUCAAAACUUACAAAUCAAAAUCUCUAUAAAAACAAAAACAAAACGAUAAUAACAAGAAAACAUAAAGAAAUAUAUAUGUAUAAUUUUUUACUUGAAACAUUUUUAUAGAGUUGCCGAGAGAAGGAAGAAAAAAAAUGGGGAUAAAGUUUGAUAAACAAAUUUUCAGUGUUUUCUAAUUAAAUGUGUAAAACUGUAAACUGUAGUUGAUAAACAAAACAAAAACAAAAAAAGAAAUGAUAUAUCUAAAAUAAUACAUAUUGUACUAUAUCUAGUGAAGUUUAACAGCAGCAGCAACAUGAUGAUGAUUGAUUGAUUGAUUGAUGUGAUGUGAUGUAAUGUGAGUGACUGGAGUUUGGGAUUGAUUGUUCGUUUGUUUGUUUAAACUGCUGGGUGAUAAUUUAUGAAUGAUUCAACUGAUAUACAUAUAACGCAUAUUAUAUAUAUAUACAUAUAUACAUCUAUCUAUCUAUCGAACUAUCUAACUAUCUAUCUAUCUACAAAUAUAUUUAUAAUCCAACAAAAAAAACAACAAAGAAUUGAUGGAGAGUUCCGGAACAUCAUAUUUAAAAGAAAAACGAAAAAAAAAAUCAAAAAAACAACAAACAAACAACAAAAUUUUUCGAUAAUUGUAAA